AUGUCUUCUCUUCCACCAACAACCAAUAGUCCAGUCUUCAAUAGAUCUUUCUUCCUUCGAUCAAAUGAUUACUUGACCAUCGCCACCGCUGACAAGAGAUACCAGAAACUCGGUGGGACUGGAGUCUUCAGUUCAUUGGCUGUAGCAGGUAGUCUCGACUGUGGAUCGUUGACGAUUGCAGGAGCUGCUGUUGAUCUCAGUUCACUGUCAGGAGUCACAGCUGGAACAGUUGCAGCAUCAAAUAAAUCUUACUGGAACUCUACUAACGGCAGCGCAACCGAAUAUCACGUCGAUUGGAACAUUGUCAUCUCUGAAUGUGUCUGGAGGAUUGACAGCAUCUACGUUGACUGGAACGCUUAG